AUGGACGACUCGCCUGAUCCCCCGCCAGCACCUCGUCGCCGCGGCCGACCGCAAGGCCCUGGUGCCGACGCACUCGACCUCCACCGCGUGGACAUUGAACGGCUGCGUGGUCAGAAUGCCCCCCUGCGCAGAAUUAUGGGCAUCAUGAAAGACAAACACGGCAUCAGGGCUGAUGAGAACCAAUACAAGCGCAAGCUCGCCCAAUGGGGUCUGUCACGAAAAUACAGCCGCGAGAGGGCCAUGUCGCCAUACUAUGACCACCCCGAUAAACCAUCAUUGCCUCCAGCAGAUGCAGACGUCAUCAGCCUUGCACUUCGCUAUCUCGAAGAGGAUGGGUUUGCGAGGACAACCCUUGAUAUAAUGUGGGCCGAUGACUGCAUCAAGAGCUCCCAGUCCAGUAUCAGAAGAUGGCGAGAACUAGCACCAUCGAAGCUCCCUGGCCAGGAGAGGUCUUGGGAAACACCAGUCGAUCUGAAUGCAAUUGCCCGACGAUUUGCGCUCGACAAGGAUGACUUCCGCAUCUGGGCGUAUUGUGAUCGAUUUCAUCCCAAUAAACGGUUCUCGAGACAUAGGAAAACACCAGGGUCAUACAUCGCCGAUGACUUGGAGAAUGUUUUACAACAACUGCGCUGCUCUGAACCAAUCGAGCAGGAGCUGGUCCUUACUUUCAUGUUAGCGCAAGGCCACCUGACGGGGCUGUUGCAGCUUAUAAGAUGGGCCGUUGUCGACUCGAGGGACGAUAUUCUCUGGAUAAUACCACACCUCAGUGCCGAGCAACACCAUCUUUUGCAAAAACUCGAUGUGGAGACGAUAACACUUUACGUAUUGGUGUGCCUGCGUUGUCGGUUGCUACACGAACGUGGUGAUUUCGCACCGUUUGGCGACAUGGUCUUCUCGAGUUCAUCGCCGUCAUAUACUACCAUAGAAGCCUUGGACGAUCUCUCGCCGCUCGUUGAAGCAACAAUUGCAAGCAGUACUGCGGCGCAACAGCAUCUCUAUCCGCUGCUCGAUUUCGAUGUGGCAAGAACUGAAAGAAAGCUAGAUGGCUUCCGCCAACGUCGCAGGAUCCUGUGGCCCUUUGGCUUUGACCCUGCACAAGAGCGACUCGAAAUUGAUGGCAGCACCAUGUCACUGAGCCAUGCAGAGGAAAUCAAGUUUCUCAUGACGACCGGAUCACAUAGUCAUCUCGCUAAUCUAAGAACUCGUUUCAUCAAGGAGCACCAAUGCCUUCGCCUGGCGAUGGAUGUUCCAGGAGCGAUUAACUUGGUGGAACCAGACAGCACGCGAGCCUCGAGUUUGCAUCGGCCAAAACACGCGCGAGGCACCAACACCAUCGAAGGGAUAGAACUGUGGGCCUCGGCUAUGGCUAGCCUCCACGCUGUGGCCAGAGGAACUGCUUCGGUUGGGGUGCAGGAUGCCCUAUCUCUCGUCUGUCUGGCACGAGCCGUCCAGAGUUACGGCCUUGCCCGGCGUGCUGGUGGUCCAUCUCGCAAUGAUUCCGCCGAGUUGUUUCUCGCAGACCUGAGCAACUGGGUCACUGUUGUCAAGCAUCAUGCACAUAUCUCUGGCGAGACGGUCUCCCACCAAGCACAAAGGUUCUGCAACGUCGUCCGGCUCACAUGGGAUCUCCUCAUUCCUGACGAUGAGACUCCUUUCAAUCCAGAGACCUCGUCACUGAUCCUGCGUCAGAUGCUCGCUGCGGCAUGCCACCUCAUUCGACUCGCGCUGUGCAAUCUUGGCGUUGAGCAGCAGGGCAUGACCUCUUCACCGCCAAGAUCGACAGGAAGGCCAGCAACGCAGACUUCGCCACGAGAAAGCGAACGUGUCCACCCAGGCAAAGACCCCCCGGGUUUACAAGCCAGUAUACUAGCCUUUGUGGCUGCCUCCGUGGCUGCGGCCUCAGCGCUGGGCUUCAUUCUCGGCCUUAUGCUUUGCAUGAUCUCUGUUCUCGCGAACAUCAUUCGUUUUGCAUCUCCUGCUCCGCCCGCUUCUCCGUUCCAGCAAGAUCUCGUGUUUGCCUCCUCAAGCACACCUUCGCCGCCCCACAUUGAAUGGCCUGUCUUGCUUUCACGUCCAGCGACCCCGGAGUUCGGUCCAUGGCAUCCAAAGACCAGCCCGGGACCGCUGGCGGAGUAUGGCAGGAUUUGA